GAGACAGUCGUAUUCCAGCAUGGACUUUGUCUAGAUUGAAAAAAAAAAUCAGUGAUGGAAAUACUUUGAAAUAAUUUUUCUCUGUUAUUUUUGUGUGAAAGAAAAAACUGUUCAAAAGUGAAUGAAAAGGUAAAAUGUGCGUAUUCAAACGCAAUAAUGAAGUGUUACAAAUAAUCAGCUGAAUCCUUGCACAGAACCAAUAAUUAAUCGUGCUAAACGAAGACAUAAAAUCACAGAACUGUUAUCAAUUCAAAUACAUUUGUUUUUAUAAAGAAAUGGACUAUUCCACUGGAACGCAAAGGUGAUGCGCAUUUAUAAAAUUAAACUUGCGAUACCAACCGGCAUUUUUGUGUUUUUUUCCGGCUUACUCAUCGGACGCUUUAAGUUUGAAAAACGGUUUUCGUACUGUUGUACUGAGAACCACUAAAUACAGCACGUUAUUUGAAAUCAGUGAACUCAGAUGUAUUGCAAUAUUUUACCGAAAAUAUAAUUCAAUUGUGAAACAACUACCACACCAAUAAGACCGAACAAAACAAAUGUGUUGACAAUUUUUUUCCCACAGAAUAUCGUGUGUUUUAUAGGAGAAAAAUCGGUCGACUUAGUUGUUUAUUAGGGUGGUCCAAACUGAUUUAUCAUGAAGUGGUUGUCGUUCUUUUUUAUGCAGACAGUGAAGGUAAACAAAAUUUCAAAAUGAGUGUUGAUGUUGCUGCUGAAGGCAAUUUGGAUGUGCUUUCCGCCGAAGUUGGCGAAUUCGGCCUGUUUCAAAUCGUAACGUUUGCAUUGAUUUGCGUUCCAACUAUGAUUUCGUCGACAUAUAUCGUGAAUUAUGUGUUUACUGCGAACAUCAUGGACUAUAGAUGUAAAGUGCCAGAGUGUGAUGUUGGUGAUAAUAAUCGUGAGAUAAGCUAUGAUCAACCAUGGUUAAAAUAUGCGAUACCACAUUCGAGCAACGGUUAUGAGAAUUGCGUUCGCUACGCACCGAUAAAUUCGUCAGCAUCGUCACAUGAAUGUAAUAUCAAUAAUUUCAACUCGUUAAAACAGAUCAAAUGUGACGAAUUCAUCUACACUACAGACGAAUCAAAUGUUCAAACAGAGUUCAACAUCCAUUGCGACGAUAGCUAUAAACUCGCUUUGAUCGGAUCUGUGAACAAUAUCGGCCGAUUUUUGCUUUUGCCGCUGACUGGCAUGCUCGCAGACAAAUUCGGGAGACUACGCGUCAUCAUCAUUGGCAUGUUAUGCUGCAGUAUUUUUGGUAUCAUCAAGUCAUUUUCAGUUAGUUAUUCAAUGUAUAUUACGAUGGAAUUUUUCGAGGCAUCAGCUGGUACCUGUACCUUUAGUGGAAUUUAUGUGCUUGCUAUGGAAUGGCUCAGUUCGAAGUAUCGUGCAUUAGGAGCGUCGAUAGUUGUCACAUCAUUCUCGUUUGGAGAAAUGUUGUUAGGCAUUGUCGCGAUGUACGUACACAAUUUCCGUUAUUUGCUUCGUGUUAUAUACACUCCUGGACUGUUUGUCAUCCUAUACUUCUGGCUGGUACCGGAAAGUAUUCGUUGGCUGCUGAUAACUGGUCGUGUUGAUCGUGCGGUCAAGAUUCUCAAGCGAAUUGCCAAAGUCAAUGGGAAAACAUUGUCGGAUAAAUCGGUUGAAAUGCUUCACCUGCAAUACUCAACCGAAGCGAAAACCAAUGCAGCAAAUGUAGAAAAAAACGAAAAUAAACUGUCGAUAUUCCAAGAAAUUAAAUUAGUUCUUGGAUCGCAAAAACUCGGUUUGCGUUUGUUGAACUGUUGCUAUCAAUGGAUUACUUGUUGUUUCUGUUACUAUGGGUUUAGUUUGAUUUCGACACACAUUCCGGGCACCGAUCGGUACACUAGCUAUAUCAUUGUGCAAGCGGUUGAAAUUCCCGGUGCGUUACUGCCAGCAUUGUUUCUCAAUCGAUUCGGACGGAAGAAAUUGCUAUUCUGUUCGUUGACUUUGUGUGGAUUGGCGUCAAUGACAGCACCAUGGAUACCAAAAGAGCAAUCGCUGUUCGUUCUGGGUUUGUUCAUGAUUGGCAAAUCAUCAAUUACCUUUGCAUUUAACGUACUGUACAUCUUCACCGCUGAAUUGUGGCCGACCAACUUGAGAACAACAAUCAUGAAUUCAUGCUCAAUGACUGGGCGAUUGGGCGCUGCGGUUGCGCCACUUACAACGCUACUGAUCGCAAAAACGCCAUUCUUGCCAUUCUUAUUGUUCGGAAGCGUGGCCAUAUUCGCUGCCACUUUGGUUCUACUAUGCCCCGAAACACACGAGAAAAAACUACCAGAUUCGGUGGAAGAAGCGAAAGAUCUCUAAUUUUAAAUUGUACCAUUGCAUUCAUACCGCCUAAUAAAUAGUGUUAAGAGAACGUUUUCUUAAUUCUACAGUCAAGAAAAGAAGAAGUUUUGUUUUCAUUUUUUCCAUUGUAAUUCGUAAAGGGCAUUAUUGCCAAAGUCGAGUUCUAAAAAUAGCCUUGGUUACGAACCAAUAUAGAAUGAAUACAAUAACGCAGUAAGAACAGGCAAUGGAGAAAAAAUGCGUUGCGCAUUUUCAAAAAAUACAAAUAUUUAUAUUGAAUUUCAUUAUAUUUAUCGGGUGAAUUCGAUUCAUUUAAUUUUUUUGCAUGCUUUCGAAUGUUUAUAUUGAUGUUAUUUAUGUAAGAAUAUUGCGAUCAUGCCAUUAUUAUACCAACGAAAGAGCAACAGAAUUGUGCUCAAGCGGUAAACAUGCAUAUUCAGCGUCUGUUCAAUUAGUUAAGACUCGAUAUGGUGAAAAAAAUACAACGUUCAUUUAAUUUCAUAACAUGGA